UGUCAAUCCAUCCAUAUAAAUAAUCAACAAAUCAAUCAAAUCAAAAACAAAAUAUAACUGUAAAUAUGGUGUUUUCCAAAUAGAAAGUGAUUUAUUAGUUUUUUAUUCCAGUUAUUUGAAUGUAAUGCUUAUAUAAUAAUAACAAUUUGGUAUCUUUAUCCUUUAAAAAUGGGUUACAUUCAAGGAAUUUUGAAAUUUUUAGUUAAUAGACUUUUGGAAUUGUCUAUUGUGGUGAUUAUAAUUUUGUUCAUCCCGAAUUUACCACCAUACAGUCAGUUUACAAAAUCAGUUAAGUUACCUCCUCCUCAUCCUUUACAAGGAUCUCUAUCUCUAAACCAAAAAUUAAAUAAUGUUGAAAUAAAGUAUCAAGGAAGAUUGUCAGGUCCAGAAUCAUUUUCAGAAUAUGACGGUGAACUAUACACAGGAUUAAAUAGUGGAGAUAUUGUGAAAUUAACCGGAAAUCAUAUAUCACCCAUUGUUAAGACUGGUAAACCUUGUAAAGCACAAUAUGAAGAGAGAAUUUGCGGAAGACCUUUAGGUUUAAAGUUUCACAAAGGACUUCUUUAUGUAGCUGAUGCAUAUUAUGGUAUCUUAUCUAUUAAUGUUAACAAUGGCAAGAAAAAGGUCUUGGUUUCACCAGAUCAAAUAAUCGAUGGCAAAAAGUCCAAAUGGUUUAAUGGUAUAGCUGUGUCCAAAAAUGGUGAUAUCUUUUGGACAGACUCCUCAAGUACUUUUCAUCUGGAGAAUGGAUUAUUUGAGCUGUUGUCAGAUCCAUCUGGUAGGUUAGUUCAUUAUGAUGCUAAAACAAAAACGAAUACAGUGCUUAUCGAUAAAAUUCAUGCAGCCAACGGUGUAGCUCUGUCUGAUGACGAAGAAUUCGUUUUAGUAUCAGAAUCUGUUACCGGUAGAAUUCUUCGUUACUAUUUGAAAGGUUCGUUCAAGGGAACAUAUGAUGUUUUUAUUGAUAGAUUACCAGGUCUUCCAGACAAUAUUAAUUCUGACAAUGCUGGCGGAUUCUUAGUAGCACUUGUUACACCUAUCGACGACGAGCAUCCAAAUAUUGUGCAGAUUCUGCAGCAAUUUCCUUUGGCUAGAAAAUUCAUUGUCAGAAUGUUGGGGAUUACACAAUGGAUUUUUGAACAAAUAAAUAAGAUUUAUCCAAAUGAUAUGGCCAAAAUGGGAGUAUACACUGUUGGAAGGAUUGCUCCACUUACACAAUUGGUUGAAUCUUCUCGAGUGACCAUACUACGAAUAUCCAAAGAUGGUGUAAUACUGGACAGUUUGCAUGCUACAAAUAAAAAAAUACGCGCCAUAUCCGAAGCUUACAUCUUUAACAAAUUUCUUUACCUCGGAUCAUCGCAAGAAGAUUACGUAGCAAGAAUUUCGUUGGCUGAGAUAGGUUGGAAACAUCUGGACCACAGUAAAAAGAAUCAAUGAAAUAA